CUCCCUCUCUCUCCCUCUCCUCUCUCUGCUUGUUGUUCUCUCCGGGAGGGACCAUGGCUGCUGCCUUCGAGCGGCCAACUUUCUGUUGCUGCCGCAAAGUUGUGACGGGCUCGAGUAAGAGCGAGGAGCGGAGCCGGCCCCGUGGACCCCCCUGCCCCGUGGACAUCGCGUCCUCCUCCAACUUCCAGCAUUUCGAGCUGCGGCACUUGCACCUGGAGCUGGAGGUGAACUUUGUGCGGCGGCAGAUCGAGGCGGUGGAGGUGCUGGACCUGGUGAGCCUGGAGCCCGCCACACGGAGCCUGGUCCUCGACUCCCACCAGUCGCUGCUCAUCCGCUCCGUCAGCGCCAAGUGCUCGUGUAACUCGGCGCACAACAGCUGGCCGCUCAUCCACAGGCUCGACCCCUUCACCGACUAUGGCUCGUCGCUGGUCAUAACGCUGCCGGCUGCCAUCAAAGCGCACACCAACUUCCAGAUCAUCAUCAAGUACACGACGGCGGACGGGCCGGCGAUCUGGUGGCUGGAUCCAGAAUUAACAAGUGGAAACUCCAAACCAUUCCUCUUCACUCAUGGUCACUCAGUGUGUAACAGAUCUUUCUUCCCCUGUUUCGAUACACCUGCAGUCAAGAGUACCUACUCUGCUACAGUCAUGGUUCCACCUGGUAUCAAAGUACUAAUGAGUGCAACGCAGAGUACAUUUGAUGAACAGGAGAACAUUUACCGAUUCCAAAUGGAAUAUCCAGUUCCUGCUUACUUGCUGGCCCUGGUAGCUGGAGAUCUCAUUUCUGCAGAUAUCGGUCCACGAAGCAGAGUUUGGGCUGAACCUUGUUUAUUAAAAAUGGCAACUGCAAAACUCAAUGGCACAGUGGAGCGGUGGCUGAGUGCUGCAGAGAACCUCUUUGGACCUUAUAUGUGGGAAAGGUAUGAUGUUGUGUUCCUUCCGCCCUCUUUUCCAAUUGUUGCCAUGGAAAAUCCUUGUUUGACCUUCAUUAUUUCCUGCAUAUUGGAAAGUGAUGAGUUUCUCAUUAUUGAUGUCAUCCAUGAGAUCGCGCAUAGCUGGUUUGGAAAUGCAGUUACCAAUGCUACGUGGGAAGAAAUGUGGCUGAGCGAGGGGCUGGCAACGUACGCGCAGCGGCGUAUCACCACAGAAACCUAUGGGGCUGCUUUUACUUGUCUUGAAACCACUUUCCGACUGGAAGCACUACAUCGUCAGCUGAAACUGCUCGGAGAUGAGAGUCCUGUCAGCAGACUACAAGUGAAGUUUGAGCCAGGCGUCAAUCCCAGCAGUCUGAUGAACCUCUUCACAUAUGAAAAAGGAUUUUGCUUUGUAUACUACCUUUCACAGCUCUGUGGUGAUACAAAGUGCUUUGACUCUUUUCUCAGAGCCUAUGUGGAGAAGUUCAAGUUUACAAGUGUGGUUGCAGGCGAUUUAUUGGAAUUCUUCUUGGGCUUUUUUCCUGAGCUGAGGGAGAAAUGUGUGGACAACAAGAAAGGUCUAGAGUUUGAGCGCUGGCUGAAUGCGUCUGGGCCCCCGCUGUUGGAACCAGAUUUGUCUCAGGGAUCCAGUUUGAUCAAACCGGUGGAAACUCUGUACCAGCUUUGGAGUUCGGAAACACUCGAUGGAAACCAUAUCACAGACAUUGAUAUAUCCAAAUGGAAAACAUUCCAAAUAGUUCAUUUGUUGGACAAACUCCUCGACAGAUCGCCAAUGCCCCCUGAAGUCAUGAUGAAGCUCUCGAAGAGCUACUCUGCGCUGCUCAACUCAAUGAAUGCUGAAAUAAGAAUUAGAUGGUUACAGAUUGUAGUCCGAAAUAACUAUUUACCUGACUUUUACAAAGUACGACGAUUCCUGGAAAACCAUACCUCACGAAUGUACACGGGUCCUUUGUAUGAGGAUCUGUGUGCCGGAACAAUGAAGGCUAUUGCCAUGGAGACAUUUUACCUGACGCAGAACAGACUGCAUGUGAACUUGAGGAGAGCAAUCCAACAGAUUUUUGCACACAGUGCGAACCCUGCUGCUGUUAUGACACUGCUUGAAGAUAAACCAUCAGAUACAACAACCCCCAUCUCACUCAGGAAUGUGAAUGUCUACGCGUAGCUGAUCAACCAAUGCUAUUGUAUAAUGGCUGUGACUACAUAUUCGGGUCAUUGCUUGAGGAAGGGUGGACGAAAAAGUUUCCAAGUUGUGACUUUCUAAUUCAGUCCUCUUCACAGGAUUUAUGUUGGUUACCUUAAGGACCUCUUCCAGGGAAUGGAGAAGCCUAAGCCAGCAUUCCAUAAGUGCUUCAUACAAGAUAGAAUUUUGUUGAAACACGGGCCGUGUUGCAGAAAUCUUGUCACACUUGUAUGUUUGAUACACAUGUAAAAUGUAGAUUCUAGAAUCAUAUUUUGAGUACCAUUUUUGCUAAUCCGGGCACUCGGACUCUUCGGUGAGGAGAUGCUUGAAAAAAACAACUUUUUCUCAACUCUAAUAGAAUAGUUGAUAUAGUACAGAACAGUUGGUGCUAACUAAGUAAUCAAGAAAGAAGAUUCAGCCAAAUUGUAAAUUUUAAUUAAACGAUCCAACUAGUAUUGGUUGGUGCUGUUGAGCUGGUUGCACCGUGCCUACUAAUUAUACUCAGUUGAAUAGAGCAGGAGUUAACAAGAACAAAUUUCUGAUGAACACAUCUGUACAAAGUGUGUUCGGAACAAACAAGUUUGGUUAGUUCACAUGGGUUUUACAGUGCAAAUUUAAUUUUGUUUGUUAGCAACAACAUUUUUCUCGAGGCAAAGUUUGUAAGUUCAUUAGUUAGUGUAAAGUUGUUUCUUCCUGGGUUUCCUAAAGUUUCAUCUGUAACAAAGUGAACUUUCAAAUUCAUUACACAUAUUUUGAUUAAUCUGGCUCACACCAUGAUUCAAUCAAGAUAGAGAUGUGAAGCUAAUGACUAAAAUGUUUCACAUCUAUGUUUCAAAAUGUUUUCCGUUAACCAUUGCAUUUUCUCCAAACAUAAUUUAAUGUUUUCUUUUACCUUUACAAUGGACAAUAUGAGUUUAUUUCUGUUAUCCACCAUAUUCUUAUAGAAUAUAUUUUUUCCAAAAAUUAUUGCGAAGAUAUUUUUGGAAUAGUGAAUCACUUCUGAAUUCUUAGAAUUCACUUGUGGUAUCUUGAAAAUGAAAACUCAUGGAAUUAGAACAUGUUUAUUUUAGCCAAAUUAUUGGCUUUUUUGUUAGUAUUAUGUAGAAGCGUAUCAUCAGAAUUACAUUCUAUUUUAAAAAGGACUUAAGUUUCAAUGAGUCAUUUUAGUUUUAAUCCACAGGACAAAUAUUUGUUGUUAAUUUGCUCUUUGUAUUGUGGACUUAAAGAUACUCGCAUUGUUCAUCCACCUGCUUUUCUUUUUCAAUUCCAUUGUAUUUCUGUUUCAAGUGUAACCAUUUAGACAACAAGGUGUGUUGGUAGACAAACUGGAGUAUUUGGCUGGUGUUCCAUGAUGGACAGGAUGUUAAGGAGCUGGGAUGAAACGUAUUUGAGUUCAUUGUUGAUUGUUGCCAUCACUGAUUGCUUAUUUAAAUUCUCAGAUGUAGUUCGGAACUCCAAAAAAGGGACAUUGUGCAGCUGGUAAUGGCUAAUGCCACAUUAACUUGGUGUUCUUGACUGUUCUCUAGUUUCUGUCUUUUCAGUUCCUUAGUGCAAUGUUUCAAUUUGGAUAGAAUGCCUCUGUUUCUCACUUUGAUGAUAUGUGAUUUGCUUUGUCAUGGGAAGGUUGGAGUCAGCAUUUCAUUAGAUAAGAUCCAGUUGAUGAAGAUGACUAUGAGAUGUACAACUUAUCAACACUAUAAGCACACUAACAAAAAUAUUAAUUAUCUGAUGCAAUUUUUGUACUUUUUCCUGUUUUUUGUUUAAAUGUGUUUCACAAGUGUAUGCAAAAAAUAUUAUUAAGGGGCCAACAACUGUGUAAUGGAUUUGCACAAAAACUUUGUGACUGUACCUUUCUCAGGAAGUGCAACCAGUGAUGCCUUUCUCAACAGUAUUCUACUGAGUUUAUGAUCAUAAGCCUCUGAUCUUUUUAACAGAAGCUUUAUUACAAAAAUGAAACAAAACACAUCCUCAGAAAAUAUAUUGUUAAUUUGUUUACAAAAAUGUUUUGUAAGUCAGAACUAUUUUAUUAUGUCCCGAAUAAUACACUUAGUAACACAAAUGGUUUAGCUUUGUUCUUUUUAUAAAUAGCAAUGUUUUUCAUUGUGUUAAAAUGGCUUAUGUCACAGAUAUUUUUUCCUGAGACUGAAGAAGCUAUUUGCCAAACAGUUUGUGUGGAUGAUGUUUUCAGACUUAUGUUUUUAAAAAAAAAUAAUGAUAAUUGAUUAUGGAUGUAGAGUGAAAUUCCAAUCAAGAGCAUCUAUCCAAAACAUCAUAAAAUGUCAUUACCCUCAGUUGCCAGCUGACCGAAUGUCUACUCCAGCAUCUUCUGUUGUUCCUUCCUAUUUCUAGAAUUCGGUUUUGACUUGUUUUUUUACAGAUGAAAAUAUUUCUAUAAACCAACUAAAAAUUUGAAGUGUUCUUAUGUCUGCAAAUAUUUUUAAACAGAAUGUUAGACUUUAUAGCAAAGGGCUGAUGAUUAUCCAAUACAUUGCAAGUACUAAUAUUGUGAAGAAUAUGAAUAUGUGCAAAAAUAAACAAGGUAACCAUGAUUUAUUGGGCCAGUAUUUAAACAAUG